GGCGUGCCUGUUGGACGGGAAUGGAGCAGCUGCUCCAUGGGAGGGUAUGUUAUCCGGGUAUAAAGUGCAGGUGCUGGCUACGACCAGGUCAGUGGGCAUGAUGACGGUGUUCAGGCUGAUCAAACCGGCUCCGCUGACGGAGAAAGUGCAGUCCCGCCAGGGGAACAUAUAUCUGUACCGGGCCAUGUGGCUCAUCGGGUGGAUUCCACCCAAGGAGGGUGUCCUGCGGUACGUGUACCUCUUCUGGACCUGCGUGCCCUUCGCCUUCGGGGUGUUCUACCUGCCCGUGGGCUUCAUCAUCAGCUACGUGCAGGAGUUCAAGAACUUCACGCCCGGCGAGUUCCUCACCUCGCUGCAGGUGUGCAUCAAUGUGUACGGCGCCUCGGUGAAGUCCACCAUCACCUACCUCUUCCUCUGGCGACUGCGGAAGACGGAGAUCCUGCUGGACUCCCUGGACAAGCGACUGGCCAACGACAGCGAUCGCGAGAGGAUCCACAACAUGGUGGCCCGCUGCAACUACGCCUUUCUGAUCUACAGCUUCAUCUACUGCGGUUACGCCGGCUCCACUUUCCUGUCCUACGCCCUAAGUGGUCGUCCUCCGUGGUCCGUCUACAAUCCCUUCAUCGACUGGCGCGAUGGCAUGGGCAGCCUGUGGAUCCAGGCCAUAUUCGAGUACAUCACCAUGUCCUUUGCCGUGCUGCAGGACCAGCUAUCCGACACCUAUCCCCUGAUGUUCACCAUCAUGUUCCGUGCUCACAUGGAGGUCCUUAAGGAUCAUGUGCGCAAUUUGCGCAUGAAUCCCGACCGCAGUGAGGCGGACAACUACCAGGAUCUGGUGAACUGCGUCCUCGACCACAAGACCAUACUGAAGUGCUGCGACAUGAUUCGCCCCAUGAUAUCCCGCACCAUCUUCGUGCAAUUCGCGCUGAUUGGCUCCGUUUUGGGUCUGACCCUGGUCAACGUGUUCUUCUUCUCGAACUUCUGGAAGGGCGUCGCCUCGCUCCUGUUCGUCAUCACCAUACUGCUGCAGACGUUCCCCUUCUGCUACACCUGCAACAUGCUGAUCGACGAUGCCCAGGACCUGUCCAACGAGAUUUUCCAGUCCAACUGGGUGGAUGCCGAGCCACGCUACAAGGCCACCCUGGUCCACUUCAUGCACCAUGUCCAGCAGCCGAUAAUCUUCAUUGCCGGCGGCAUCUUUCCCAUCUCCAUGAACAGCAACAUAAGCGUGGCCAAGUUCGCCUUCAGCAUCAUUACGAUAGUGCGACAAAUGAAUCUGGCCGAGCAGUUCCAGUAAAAUUAGCUCACAAAAAUGAUUCCAAAUUACCCUGCGCACCCAUGAGCCACAAAAAAAAAAAGUGUCCCCCCAGGAAUUCUUUAUGAGCGUGAUUUGCAUAAAAUGUGUAUAUGUUGUGGCUUAUCUGGCAAGAUUUUGGCUGAUUUAGUUGCUAAAUGGUAAUGGCCAGGCCAAAGGAUGCGACUGAAUUCAGUCAGACUGAAUUCGCAAAUUGCGUUAGCAGACGGAAAUUACAACAGCCAGACGAGUCGACGAUUCUAACAACAAGCAGUCUGGGAAAAUGGGCUCAAAGCUCGCCAAAUACGAGUGUAUCCCAUGGAGAGUUGGAGAUUUGGAGCCGGAGAAGGAGAAGGAGCAGCCACAGGAAGUACAUAUAACCGUUUACAUAUUGUAUGCGAUUUUUAUUUAAAUUUUAUGUUAAACACGUGACUGCUAGCCGGCGAAAAGGCGGAGCACGAGUAUACUCCUAUAUAAUAAUACAAAACGAAUCGCCCCAGACUGUGGCAAAAGCAAA